UGCUAGCCUCACGGAGCUUUGUCGAGCCCGCAUACAGAUGGUACUUGGGAACAAAGCAUAGCUUUGGAGGCGGCACAAGUAGGAGGGUCACUUAACGGGUGGAAAAAUGGAAAUAUCUUUGUUAAGAAUUUGAGCAAAGGAGCUGCAUGACUGAAUGACUGGUCAUUGCUGAGCCACAACAGAGUCGGUGCAGAGCAUGAAAUGGAGCCUAAAGAAUGGGAUAGGAGCUCAGCGGUCAGCUCAGAACCAGACGAGCACAGUGGACCGGACAGCUCCGACUUCGCUGAAUCUGAGGCUGAGGAUGCUGGACCGGGACCCAGUACCCCGGAAUUGGAGCUCAUUACAGCAGGUGUCAACACACCCACCUCAGGGGUCAGACUGGGGUCAGAGUUCACAAAAACAGAACCGGAUCAGGACUCCACCCAGAGUGCAGAUCUCGCCAAGGUGCACAGUUUGAACAUUGUGGAGCUGGACUCUGUGUCCAGCGCAGGGUCUGACCCAAAUGAAACUGAGACCGAUGACGACCCGGAUUAUGUGGAAGUGGAGCAGUACGACGACGCACCGUAUUACAAUGCUGAAAGCAUGGGACUUAGCAUAAUCAAGUGUGAAUCUAGCGAAAGCCUAGUGGAUGAACAUGUAAAGGCUGAGGUCCCUGGAUUUGGGGAUGGGCGCGUGGCAGAGACUGAGAUUGAGAAACGUACAGUGCAGCUAAAAGAGGAAUCCGAGAACGACUUAGAAAAUCAAGAGACACGGGGACACAUCUGCCCUGACUGCGGCAGAUUUUUUAAACGCGUCUCGUACCUUAUCAGGCACUAUGAAACUCACGUAGUAGACUCACCAUUCAGCUGUAUUGCUUGCGGCAAGACAUUCCCCAUUGCAAGCAAACUGAAGAGACAUUUGCGGAUCCACUCCAACGCGAGGGCCUAUGUUUGUACAGAAUGUGGUAAGAGUUUUAAUGAUCCCAGCCACCUUAAAACCCACCAACAUACUCACACAGGUGUGAAACCACAUAGCUGUGCUCAGUGUGGGAAACGUUUCAGUACAGCAGGAAACCUGAAGAGUCAUCUACAGAUUCAUUCGGGUGAGAAGCCGUAUAGCUGUACACAGUGUGGGAAGAGUUUUACCCAUGGAUCCUAUUUAAAAACACAUCUACGAACUCACUUGAAUGAUAACCCAUUCAGGUGUACACAGUGUGGGAAGACAUUUGCCAAUGGACCUAAAUUGAUAAUUCACCAGCGAAUUCACUCAGGUGAGAAGCCAUUUACGUGCACCCAGUGUGGGAAGAGUUUCAAUCAGGCAGGCUAUCUCAAAAUCCACCAACGGACUCAUUCUGGUGAGAGACCGUACGUGUGCACUCAGUGUGGGAAGCGCUUUUCUUUUGCCUGCAACCUUGAAACUCACCGGAGAAUUCAUUCAGGCGAGAAACCUUACGCGUGUACAUUGUGCGACAAGAGUUUUGGUGAUGCAUCUCACUUUAAAAAGCAUCAGCGGUACCAUUCAGGAGAGAAGCCAAUCACCUGUGAAGUGUGCGGGAAAAGCUUUUCCGAUGUGGCGAGAUUUAACAACCACAAGCGGGUGCAUUCUGGUGAAAGACCAUUUAGUUGUACUCAGUGUGGAAAGACGUUUACACAUCAGUCGAAUCUUGCAAGGCAUCGGAAAACCCAUACAGGUGAAAGACUGCACCAUUGUACUCAGUGUGGAAAAAGUUAUGCUCGAGCAUCUGGCUUAAAAACCCACCAGCGAAGUCACAUAAAAUGAAAAGUAUAUAGUUUUGACUGUCAUCUUCAGCUGUUGAUGCAAAUAUAAUUCAUAACUGCUGCAUCUCAAGAAAGAGGCCC